UCAUGCUCCUAUGUCGGUGACUAUUUCGUGUGUGUUGGUGUUGCGUUAAUAAAAAAGUGUAAAUACUUAAGAAAAUUUUAGAGUUGACAAAUCAAAAAAGUUUCUACGGGACGUGCGCUAACGUUAAUCGAAAAAUGCAAAAUCAAAUAUGUUUUCCACUGCAUACCGGAAAAUAAACAAAUACAAGAAGCAUAAAGUAUGCAGAAAAUUAAAUACAAAAGGAGCUUUUAAGUUUUGCGUGUGAAUGAAAUUCGAAAACUCAAGGGAGCAGGAAGCGAACGAAAAACAUAACCAUUGUGCUCGCUCGUCGUUAUAUACAGUUUCUGUUCUCAAUCACCUAACUAACGAUUAUUACAAAUCUUCGUUGCAUUUAUAAACUGCUGGUAAAUAAAAACGAAACGAAAUAACGCGAAAAGCGCGAAUAGUGGAAAAACACGACAAAAAGGAAAAAAGUUGGCAAGUAAAUGCACCAGUAAAUAAUAUAGAAAAAUACGUAGUCGCGUAUGCAAGCAACAACUAUACACGUUCCUUGUAACUAAUGUUUUCCAAACGCAACUAAAAACUCUAACGAUAACGAUUGAAAACCGCACAUCGUAAAGUAACGGAAACAUCACCUCAACAACUCGUAAAGCAUAACCACAUAGGAAUUAUACAUUACUUACAUAAAUACAAACAUACUAUAAUAUAAAAUUGUGUGUAGAUGUAUUUACCUAAAUACAUAUAUAUCCAAAACGACACCGAUUUAAAGUAACUGCAGGGAAAUAAUACGAAACAACACAACCAACAACAAAAUUAUUAUUAUUAUUGUUAUUAUUAUUUAGUGCCAGACCAUAUAUAACGACCACAGAUUUACUUGAUUAACAACAAAAAGAAAGUUAUGAAAAGCAACAGACCCCGACCCAUUGGAUAAUCUAUUCAUAAACUGCAUCGUCUUCGUUGUUGUCGUGUUCGUCGUCGACUCUACUUACAAUUAGAUUUGUUCAUGUCUCACAAUAACAACAACUACAACAACAGCAAGAAUAUAACAGAACUGAAUCGAGCGACUUAAUGUGUGUUUAUAGAUAUCCAGAUAUUACGUUAAUCAGUUGAAGUCGUCCUGUUCAAUGUGGUCAUCGUAUUCGUAUUCUCCAUUGUCAGUGAGAUGCGUCGAAGUCUGGUCAAGAAUAUAGUCAACUGAGUAAACUAAUCCCUCAUUACGCACUCACACACACACACACACAUACACAUACACAACACACAACACACACACUCACAAAUCCCAUCGAAGCCUUUGAAGCAAAGUAAGCAAUAGCCAAAGAGAGCCUGAGUGUCGUAGGAAACAGCGAGAAACGCCAAAGUACAAAUGCUCAAGAGCAACUAAAUCGAAAUUAAAAUAAAAAAAGGAAUAAACAUACAACAAUUUACAUUAGAGAGCAAAAACAACUACGGAAUUAACGGAAAUUUUUGGCUAAUCGAAAAUUGUGAAGUUGCUCCAAAAACACGAGUAUUCAAAGAACGGGACACAAAAAGCUGCAAUAUAUAUAUAUAUCAUUUUCAUUAGCAACAUUGUGCAAAAUUGCAAGAGGGGAGAGCGGAAUACACAUAACAAUUGAACGAUAAAGUCGUUUCAUAAGGAUUCGCCCAAGUCACGGAGCGUCGAGCAGGGACGGUAGAACGCGUAAGCGUCCUUAAAUCCAGUUAGCAUGGAGUGCUGUUUAUCAGAAGAGGCCAAGGAACAAAAACGGAUCAAUCAGGAAAUCGAGAAACAGUUGCGUCGCGACAAACGAGAUGCACGCCGAGAACUUAAACUCCUGUUACUGGGCACGGGCGAGUCCGGAAAGUCAACGUUUAUCAAACAGAUGCGCAUUAUACACGGCAGCGGAUACUCGGACGAUGAUAAGCGUGGCUACAUUAAGCUGGUGUUCCAGAACAUAUUCAUGGCAAUGCAGUCAAUGAUCAAGGCUAUGGAUAUGCUCAAAAUAUCCUACGGUGUUGGCGAACAUAUAGAUCUUGCUGAUCUGGUUAUGAGCAUUGAUUAUGAAACAGUAACAACAUUUGAGGAUCCGUAUUUGAAUGCCAUAAAAACGCUAUGGUCCGAUGCCGGCAUACAGGAGUGCUAUGAUCGACGAAGAGAAUAUCAAUUGACAGAUUCCGCUAAAUAUUAUCUGAUGGAUCUCGAUCGUGUGGCUCAACCUGAUUAUUUACCCACUGAGCAAGACAUAUUACGAGUUCGUGUGCCGACAACGGGGAUCAUUGAGUAUCCCUUCGAUCUAGAAGAAAUCAGAUUUAGAAUGGUGGACGUCGGUGGACAGCGUUCUGAGAGAAGAAAGUGGAUUCAUUGUUUUGAAAAUGUCACCUCGAUCAUAUUUUUGGUAGCGUUAUCGGAAUAUGAUCAAAUCUUGUUUGAAUCUGAUAAUGAGAACCGCAUGGAGGAAUCAAAAGCUUUAUUUAGAACUAUAAUUACGUACCCGUGGUUCCAAAAUUCAUCAGUUAUUCUUUUCCUAAACAAGAAAGAUUUGUUAGAAGAGAAAAUCAUGUAUUCGCAUUUGGUGGAUUAUUUUCCUGAAUACGAUGGUCCACAGCGAGAUGCAAUAGCAGCCCGUGAAUUCAUACUGCGCAUGUUUGUAGACUUAAAUCCAGAUUCCGAAAAGAUUAUCUAUUCUCAUUUCACCUGUGCUACAGAUACUGAAAAUAUUAGGUUUGUGUUUGCGGCUGUAAAGGACACGAUUCUGCAAUCCAAUCUUAAGGAAUACAAUUUGGUCUAAACUGGAUUUGGAUCAGCAAACUAUUUUUGUGAUUUUUAUUAUACAUAUACAUAUAUAUACAAAUGUAUAAGUGUAUACAUAUAUAUAUGUGUGGAUAUAUGUAUGUAUAUAUACAUAUACAUAUGUAUACAGAAAUAUAUAUAUGAAUAUGAAUAUAUAUACAUACAUUCAUAAUUCCUUUUUUCGCAUAUUAAUUAAAAUGAUACAAACAAGAGAAGAAAACUAAUGAUGUUUGCCGAAGAUUAAGCAUUAGAACCAAACACAAGUUUCUUAAAUUGUAAACAUCAGGAACCGAACAGAGAGAAGAAUGUAGCAUAAAUUAUGAAAAUUAUGAUAACACGAUUUGAUUGAUGUAUACAUUUGAAUUUGUGUGGAAUGCACAAAAAAAGAAAUGAAAAACAAAACAAAAUUCAAAUAACUUCUGAUACCAAGUACGAUUAACGUAAUAAUAAUAAUAUUUAAAAUUCAUUAUUAUAGAACUUUUGUAAUAAAAUGAAAGAAAAAAAGCAAAAACAAAAAAACAACAAAAUAAAUUUAAUUUAAUCAAAAGCUUAAAAGGAACAACAAAUGGAAACAAUUUUUGUCGUACUGAAGCGUAAAUUUUACUGAAACCAACCAACAAAAUGUAACUUAUAAACAAAUAGUAAUUUUGCAUAAACAAAAUAUAUGUCAGAAGUUUCUCAUAAUUAUUUAAAUAUUACACACACACACAUAUUCACGCACAUAUACACAAACAUACACACUCGCAUUAAAACAAGAAGAAAAACAGAAUCCUGUAAACUAAAAGAAACAACAAAAAAAAGAAAAGAAAUGAAAAUCAAAUGCAGAUAUAAUAAACGAACUGUAUAAUGUAUUUUCGUUUUGAUGAAAAAGAACCAUCGUAAAUACUGUAACAAUUGUUUACUGAAAUAUUUAUAUUAUAAAUACAAAGCCCAUAAUAUAUGUAUAUACAUACAUGCAUACAAAACAUACAUACAGCAUACGCACAUACUUACAUAACUUUGUAAUGAUAAAUAAAUUAAUUUGUAUUGCGAAAAAGAAUCAUUCAAUGUAAAUUACAAAUCGUACUAAUACAUAAAAUGGGAAACGAUUAUGAACGUGAUGAUUAAGUACUAUAUUAUGUAAUGAUAAAAGAAAUAACAAAACAACAAAUUAAUAAUCGCAUUUGUAUUUUACAAAUCGCGGCCAGAUUUAUAUAUUACCUAAGUAUAAUUAACAUGUACGUUUGUCAAAGAUUUCAUAGCUGCAGAAUAACUAUAAUUAACAAAAACAGCAGAAAAACAAAAAACGAAAAAAGAAAAACCAACAACAACAACAACCACCACAUGAAUAAUAAUAACAAACAGUCAUAAUCACCAAUAUUUGAAACUAAUUGAUGCCUGUACGUUUUACAUAUUUACCGUGCAACUAAAAACCAACUAAUAUCAAAUGCAGCUGGUCUUGAUGCCAUGAAGCACUUUCCAUAAACUAUACGAGGAGUAAUGAAAAGGAAAAGAACACGCAAAUUAUUGUCAUAAAUUAUAAAUUGUUAUCAAUUGUAAAAUUUUAAAAUGAUAAAAGUGAAAUUUUGUAAGGAAUGUAGCUUGAUUUUUUCAUAUAUUUUUAAUAUACUUAUACAUAUUAAUUAUUAUUUUGUUAGUCUGUUUUGCUUAUGUUAUAGACAAUGUUUUGUUUUUGUUUUUAAAUUUUAGUUUAAUUUAAUCUACAGUUAUAGAAUGAUAGUAAAGUAACAAAAUGCAGCGCACAUUUGCAGAAAGGGAAAAACACAAAACAAAUAAUCAACAACAAAACAAACAACUAUUUAUGUAAAAAUCUAAAUAAACACAAUUUCACUCUAUGUAUAUGUGGUAAAAAAAAAGAAAGAUGAAAAUCAUAUAAACAUACAUAUAUGUACAUGUAAAAUAAAUAUGAAUCAAACUUUGUUUUUCAUAAUUUAUCUUUUGGUUUUAUAGAAAAUAUUCUCGGUUAAUCACUUGACAAGGACGUUUGGGUUCAAAAGAAAAAACCUCCUUCAGUUGAAUACAUCUUUAUUUUAUGUUACACAGUCUUGUUUUCAUUUACUGAUUUGCCAGUAAAUAAAAUUUUCUGGGAAACACCUUUUGAAUCUCGCAAAAAGAAAAAAAAAAAAAUAAAUAAAUAACAAAGUGACAAGUAAAUUGUCACCUUGAUGUGAAAUAAAGUCAUUUAGACAGAAGAGUAUCGGAAUCGAGAUGCAUUUUCCAUUAGUACACCAUAUAAAACAACAGUUAUAUUCGUAAUGCCCAAUAUGCAUCUAGAUAUAAGAAAGAUUCAACAGUGUGUUGUAUAAAGCUUUAAUCCACGGAAAUUGAAGAUAUAGUAAAUGAAAUGAGUAACAAAAUUUUUGUAAUUAAUUAAUUGAUGAAUUGAUUGGCUUUUAAAAAGCUUAAUUAAGUCGGUAAAUGUGUAUUUAUAUAAGGCACACCAAUGCGUACAUGAAAGACAAACAGAAAAAAAGAAAAACCAAAGAACAAAUGCUCGGCUAGCCGAAAUUAAAAAGCCCAAGCAGACGAACAAAUUGCAUAAAAACCCAUUGAUAAUGAUAAUGUAAAUGGAAGUGACCGAAAUGGGAGGAGGAUGAGGGUUUCUAGGUUAAACCUUCAAAUCUACUAAGAUAUUAUCCGAUUAUAGAUAGAAAAUUAGAACAGAUUUGGAGUCUGCAAGGGCUUCGAAAGAUUACUUAUAACAGAACCAACAAACAAAACCGAACUAUAAGAGAUGCAAACAUUUUAUUUCUUAUAUAAAGACACGAGCAGCGCGCACACACAUUUCCAGUCAAAGAUGAUAUUGAUAAUGAUGAUGAUAGUCAACAUUUUUACAAUGGUUCAAGUCGAUGCGCUGUACAUUUUGUAUAUGCAUUACAUACAUACAUAUAUAGUUUUCCGUCCAAUGAAUUGCAUCGGUGAGCAGAUAAAGUCUCCAGUAUUUUGGUUGACAUUGACCACAUUCAUUUUGCAGUCAAAUCCUACAUAUGAGUAGAAUGAAGAUGAUAAUCCCUAUUUUGGGAGCAUACAAAUGCAAAUGAGAACUCAAUUUAUGAAUGCAUUAUUUUGAUCAUUCCUUUUUGCUUUAACACCAACACCUCUUAUUCAUCAAAUGUAUGUAUAGAUUUCGGUUCGAAAAUCAAUUUGGCGGUUUCAGCAAAACGUAAAUAUCAAAUAACGGAAAUCUUAAGUUUCGAUGAAAAGCGAAUUCGUAAUCUUGAACUAAAAAUGCAUCGCACUUACAUACAUAUGUACAUAUGUAUGUAUAUGCAUGCAGUCUUCUUGUACUUACGAUACUUAUAACAAGGAACACAAACAUAAACAAAAAGAAUAUGAAUAUGGAAAUGGAAAUGGAAAACAUACAGAAAAUAAACAUUCAUAAAAGAAAACAAAUUUGGUUUAGUUAGCGUUUUGUGCCUUCUAGUGCUCAUUAAAUCCAUGAAGAAAACCCUGGCAAAAACAUAUUUAUAAAUUUACGUAUAUAUGACAAAAAUAUAAUGUAUUUACUAAGAUUGUAUUAUGUUGAUCGUUAACUAAUUUUUCAUUUCAUUCCCAUUCAUUUUCACGUUUUCACACACAUCUACAUAUGUGCUUGAUCUUAAAAUCCAUUUAAUUUCCUUGAAAUUUCCUUUUCAUUAGAUUAGUUAUUUGCUUCUUUUUUUUGGGUAAACAAGUUUUUGCAGUUUGUGUGUAAAUAUUUAGCUUAACUCAAGCUUAAAAUGACUCUAUAAUAAAUGAGCAAGAAUUUGAUAUAAAAUGAUAAAUGAUCUAAUAUAAUUAUGUAAGUGUGUAAUAAAUAAACCAUGCUUACAGACAUAUUUACGAGUAUGUACAAGUAUUUUGUAUUUUUAUAUACAAAAUUAAGAACUGCAGGCGAAAAGAGCAUUCAAACAUACGAAUACAUUUAAAUCGUACAAGUAUAUGUUUGUAUUCUUGUCUAAACUUACAAACUAACUAAUGAAAAGAAGAAGAAAGAGAAAAAGGAAACAAACCAAUAAACCAAUAUAAUCCCAAUUAAUUGAGAAUUUCAUAAGAUAAAACCACAAAAUUGAUUAUGAUAAUGAAUUCAGCUAAGUAAUUUAAUGAUGAUGAUGUAUGUAUGUACUACAUUCAUACAAAACUUUGGUUACUUUGCCGGGUAGUCGUAACUCUUAUAUGUAUAUGUAAAUGCUUAUGAAAUAGAGACCAUAUUUCAUAAAAUGCUUAAAAAGCUAAUACACAUUAAUUCAACAUAAAAAGAACAACAACAACAAAAAAGUCUCUCCUUUGACGUUGACAUUAUGUAAAACUCUAGACUAAGUUAAGUAAAACCAGUUCAUAAUUAAAAACAAAAAAACAAAAAAAAAAAUUAUUGUAAUACGAGUAUUUCACAUCUUUAGGCUACUUUAUAAACUUUAUAUUGUAAAUGCAGUAGAAAGGCAGAAAAGUUAAUUGUGAGUUUGAUCUGACAUGAUAUGAUGAUGAGAUUGACGAUGAUGAAUGGGAAAUAUUUUUAACGUACAUAUUUCUACAACAAUAUAAAUAAAAA